UAGAAGCUAAUAUAUACAAGGGUAACAAGCAAAUUGAUAAUUGACACACCUAAUACUCCAGUAGUAAAAUGAUCAUCCAUAAUUCUCUCUAAUAUAUGAAUGACUUGUAUGCUAUAGGUAUCCUCUUCUUUACCUUAGUAGAAUAUAAACAUUACAGUUCAUUAUUUUCCUAAAUGUAAUUUUAGUAACUGUACUUGCCCUGACUUAGAUGAAUAAUUUUGCUAUCCUAUCAACAGCAGUAUUCAAUGUCUGGACAGAGGGCAACAAAUGUUAGGUUUAUUACACAGUCAAAAGGAUACUUCCAUAAUUAAUGUAUUGCCCAGAUUUUUGCAAUGCAAGACGAUUGAACCAUUUUGAAAAGAGACAUUUUAAAAAGAAAGUUGGCAAAGGUAUGAGUGAGAUGGCAUAACUUGACAGGCUGGACUGGAACACAGCAGGUGGAUGGUGGACAUCAAUUAUCUCUAGGAAACGAGCUUGAUCCCGAUAAAAUACUCAGUACUCUCAAAGAACAAGUUUACCGUCUAGGUUGUCCUCAAUGUAUCAGUUUUCUAAGGUAAGAUUCUGUAUGAAAUGGUAAGAGAAACAGCCACGAUCAUCCAUCAUAGAAAACCACCGUGGUACGUGCCUCUGCCACUCACUCUCUCAACAGUCUGGAAUAUGAAGGCAGUAUUAUAAUAUGGACUGUAUGCAUGCAGAUCAGCUGUACUCUGAGCUUUAUUAUAGACCAGAGACAUGGCUCUAGUCUGGAGACACCAUAGAGAUGUUCAAACCUCUCCUCGUGGACCCCCGGCCCUUCCACAACUAGCACACCUGAUUCAACUAAUCGUCAAGACCUUGAUUAGCCUCCACCUCACCACGUUCUGCCUGCAGCACAAGCCCACAGUCAUCGCCUGCGUCUGCAUCCACCUGGCCUGUAAAUGGUCCAACUGGGAGAUCCCGGUCUCCACUGAUGGGAAACACUGGUGGGAGUAUCUGGACCGCACCGUCACGCUCACGCUGCUGGACGAGCUGACCAAUGAAUUCCUGCAGAUUCUGGAGAAGACGCCCAGCAGGCUGAAAAGGAUACGUAACUGGAGGGUAGGUUCUGCUCUCACAACUGGUGCCACACAAGCUGCCAAGAAGCCCAAGAUGGACAGUCAAACGGGCGACACCUCCUUCCAAGGGACCUCCUCAUUGGACGGCAUUACCGGUGUGGCCGGCAGCAACUCAUUCUUCUCUUCGUCUCUGUCAGACUCUGGGGAGAUGGCUUCACUAGACGACAUGUCUAUCCCGUUCCCUCCCUACCAGGCCCUGUCUGGGGACCACGCUGAGCUGCUGGGGCUGGACCAGGGCCUUGCCUUUCUUCCUCAAGCCAUCCCUUCAAAGUACCCAUCAGGCAAACACGAACACAAAACGGCCAGUGCAGGCAAGCACCCACAGGCCCUACCCAAUAACCCCUCGCCCUUCACCCGCCCCCCACAGAAACUCUCCCUGGAUAAGUACAGAGAGAAACAGGCAGCAGACCUGCAGACCAUGCAGAACGGUGUCCGAGAGGAGCAGAGCGGUGUGGACAUGUACCAGUCCCCCGCCCUCCCUCACCACCAGUCCCAUAAAAGACGCUCCCAGCCUGGGCAGGGUGUCUCCCAGCACGGGGACAGCAGGAGGGACAAGGCCAGCUCUAAAAAGACACGAGGUCUCCCACCACAGGCCUCGGCGGUUGAGAACGGCGUUGCGGCCAGCAACGAGGAGCUAAAGAUGAGAAUCAAAGUAUCAGCUGAGAGGGACCAGGGCGGCCAUGUUGGUGUCCCACAGGGCAAAGAGAAGUACAAAGACCACUCUGGCCCCAGCAGACACCCCAAGCACGGCCACUCGCACCCCUAUUCCCUCAGUGGGAACGGCCGAGGGGCCAUCGACCCCGCCCUGGCACUCAGAGUCCUCGGGGGCCAUGGUAGCGACCUAGGGGGCUCCAGUUCCUCCUCCAGGAAACGGGCCAACCCUGAUGUCAGUAGUCAUAACAACCACCACCACUCUGCUAAGAGCAGCAGGAGUUCCAAAGGGGCCGGAGGCUCCUCCCACUACUCUUCGGACGGUGGUGGUGGUCCGAGGACUGUGGAGAGACACCACGGUGGCCCGGAGGGGUCAAAUGGAGUGCUGGGGUCUAACGGCCAACACACCGACUACAAAGACACUUUUGACAUGCUGGACUCUCUGCUAAGUGCCCAGGGAAUGAACCUGUAAAUUCAGACAGUUAGUCGUUUAGCCUGGGUGCAGGCUGUUUGGCUCUCUUGCCAACUCCGUCCAAAUAUGUUUGGCUUGACAUUUGAGUUGGCAAGACUGGACAAACAAAUCUGGAUAGUAGGCUUGGCAGGAGUUGUUGGAUAGAGAUAAAAUAAUUCUGGAAAAAAAAGUUUUUUUAUGGUUUAAAAACAAGUAAAACAUGAUUUUAUAACUUUGAAGUUAUGUGAAAGUAACUUCGUCACCCACCCAGUAAGUCAGUCCUGUCCACACACGGUAAUAAUUACUGAUGCUUUAAGGAUCUUCAGAAAUGUCCACAACAUGAUAUAUACACAGUGCUGUAAUGCUACUUGUCUGCUUGCUAAAAACCCCCGGGAGCCACGUUCACUGGUUCUGUGAUUGACAAAAUUCCAGAUUUUAAUUCUGUUCUUUUAAAGAGAGAUAAAGAGAAGUCUGUGUUUUUAUGAGUUAUUAGUUAUUAAUGAUGUGCAUGUUUCAAUCACAUAAGGGAAGAUAGCAGCCUGGUGGUGGUUCAGUGUCCACGUAAAUGCCUGUACGUUUUUGUAUGUUAAGAAACAACCUUAUUCCUUGAAAUACUCAGGUCUUGAAUCUUUUUUUGAUAUAAAGAAGGAAAUAAAUCUUCCUCUCUUGGCGUAAUACCUGUAUCUGUAGAGAUGUAUAACUUCUGUCCUGUUGGUUGAAGGCUGCAGAAGUACAGCAUCUAUCUUACCGUAGAGGCUGUUUCAGUGUGCUUGUCUUCUAAUGGGAGGACACGCAAUCCAACUCAUCACACAUGGCUAGUCAGAGGACAUACAAAGGCCCUUUCCCAGAUCAACACCUCAUAGACCCUAUGUGUGUAUCCAAAAUGGCACCCUAUUCCCUAUUGUAGGGCACUACUUUUUGACCAGGGCCCGCAAAGUUCCCAGCUGGGAAAAACACUGGGUCCUGAUCAAAAGUAGUGUACUACAUAGGGUAUAGUGUGCCGUUUUGAGAGAGACACCCUUUAUGCGCUUGUGGGAUCUCAAGUGCUUAGGGUCUAGGGGUCGAUUGGGGACUGGACCGUAUGCUGUCUACUGUCCAACUAAGUGGAUGCCAAAGGCUGUGCCUCUAAAACGUACGGCAGAUUAUUCUAGAGCUAUAAAAGAAGUUGACGUUAUAUCUGCUGUGAAGUGCAUUUAAAAAGAUCUCGGCGUAUUUACAACAAGCCUUGUGAUUGUAACAAGUCGUCAACAAGUUGCUAUUCUUCAAUAUUGAUAAAUGUCUAAUUAACCAACCGCCAUCCUAUGAAAAGAUCUCUAGAGGUGAUUGUAUAUAGGACUGCAGUUCUGAGUUAUAACUAGCUAGUCGGUUGACUUGUUACACCCUCAGACCACACAUUCUAUUCUGCCAUAACAGUGUAUUAGGAGGUCCUAAAGUGGACACUAUUGAACAAAUCCUUAAUAUGUGUACUGGGAACCCAAAUAAACGUAAAACUGUCGUUUUUACACACAAA